AUGGAGUGGGAGCGCGAUGUUGGGGCGGCGGUGCAGAGCCUGUCGCAGGUGAACAUGCGGUUGAUGAGGAAGGGCUGCAAGGUGAAGCCGUUCACCUCCUCCUCCUCCUUACCCUCUGCACCCUCCUCCUCCUCCUCCUCCUCUCCUGCAGCACCUGCGAAGCAGGCACAGGUGAGGGGGAAGCUGUACAUUGUACUGGAAGGAGAGAAGGCGAUCGACUUGGUGUGGCUGGGGUUCGAGCUCCCGGAUCAUCUGAUCAGCGUGCUGGUCAGCGAGAGGGUCCCGUCCUCAGUUGCUGCUGUGCUGAGGAAGCAUCAGAAGUCAGGGAAAUGGAUCACACACCUCUCGCAUUGUGUAAACGUUCUUUUCUGCCUGUCACACCUCUGCUCAGACUUUCCGCUGAUCCUUGAGAACGUGUUCUCGUCGAGACCUUCUCCUCCCAACACGAUCUCACAAUCAGAAAAGAUUGUUGACGCGAUGCUGUUCUGCUUCACCAUCGGCAUUGCAGUCCAAUGCAGCAAACAAGACCCGGCCGAGGUCUCACAAGAUGAAGAAGAUGAGGCGGCAACUGUGGAGCAAGAGAGCAGAAAUGGAGGAGACGAGAGCGAGGCACAAGGGGAAGAGUCCACAACUAGCUCACAGGCAGACGGGAUACUUCCAGGGGAUGCAGUUGUCAGUGGUACAUCAGCGGUGGAUCUGAUAGGGCAUUCGUUGCAAGUGUUGGCUUCACUUCUGCGCAUGGAGUGUCGAGCGCGGGAAGGGGCUCGCAAGAGUGAAGGCUCGGAUCAGUUUUCAUUCCGACAAGACUUGACCUCCCACAAGCUGAUCACGGAGACCAUCUGCAACGGCCUCUUCGACGCCAUCUCCAUCUUCAUCGCCGAGGUCGACGAGACCAGCGACGUAAAACGGAGGAAAGAGCUUCACCUGUACAUAUCGAACGCGAUCGAAGUUCUCUACUACUGCAGCCUCGAUGCCGACUUUGUAGCCGAUCUCUUGGUUUCCAACCACAUGCAAGACGGUCUGUCGCUUUCGGUCCUGAAAAAGGUGCUUCUCAUCGACCAGAUCGACAUCGUGUCCUUGCUGCUCAAGUGGUUGCUUCUCUUCUGCGAGUAUGAGGAUCCUCCAACCAUAGAUGUGUUAGCAGGAUACGACAUCUACAACAAACUUCUGAUCAGCCUGAUUGAGAGGAACAACACUGCGAUGAUUGCAUGGGGGGUCAAACAGCCUUUCAACCCCCUUGCUUCCGACCUUCUCAAGAUGGUCGAACUCUUCGGCGACGACUCGAAUUUCAAGCAGCGGGUCAUCGACGCUUCAUCCUCUGCCAUCGCCGAGGUCCUCAAGAGAGGGCCAGACUACAACGGGUUCACCAAGAGCGACAAGAUGCAUCUGCCCUUCACACGGGCCUUCUUCAAGCUGCUGGCUGCCCUGCACUGCUUCAAUCCCGAGGUGAUGAAGCCCGAGGAGGAGAACUUGUUCGUCCGGUCCUUGAAAGCUCAGAGCAAGAGCAAUGAAGAUGUCGAGAGCAUCAAGUCCUCGUUGGAAUCCUUGCAGAAUCUGCCUGAGUUGUCCAAGAGAUCCAAAGAAACCAUCGUCGAGGAAGUCUCCGAGGAGGACAUGGAGCUGAUGAGGGAUCUGACCGAAGCCUUUCUACAAGCCGAUCUCAAGAAGGGGAAGCCGCACGUCGCACGCAAAACGAAUGCAGGUGGACGAGGAAGUUCUAAGGGAACGGGAGGCGGAGAAGCAGGAGGGCGGGUGCCAGAGAAGUCGCAGGAGGAGUUCUCAAAGCACACUGAGCAAUCGCGAAAGAAGGGCAGGGCAAAGGCACAGAGAGCAAGGGCGCGACUGACGGAGGAAGAGCAGAUCAGGCUGGCGAUCGAAGCUUCAUUAAAAGAACAGUAG